AUCAAACUCUGGGUGGCACCUCAGUGACUUUGUGCUCCGAGCGGAUUCCCACUCCGUUGAAUGCGUCGAGAGUCUGGAACAAGUUCACAUAGCACAGUAUCUAGCAAAAUGCUGUACUGUGUUACCUAAUCCUCCUCCACAGUGUCUGGACCCGCUUUCUGUCACCUGGUCUCUCAAGAAUCUCUCGUCCUCGGUCAGCGGUCCGUGCGCUCAACCCCUGCAAGCACACAACUGCGAGAGCCACCAAAAUUCAAUCGAAAAUUCGGCAAGCAAGAAGUUUCAAUCCCCAACCCUCGACAACAGGACAUCUUGGCCCACGCCCACCGACAAGAUGGCCACCGAACUGACCGUCCAGAGCGAGCGCGCUUUCCAGAAGCAGCCGCAUAUCUUCCUCAACAGCAAGACCAAGGUCAAGUCUACCCGGCCGGGCAAGGGCGGUCGGAGAUGGUACAAGGACGUCGGUCUGGGUUUCCGGACCCCCAAGACCGCCAUUGAGGGCCAAUACAUCGACAAGAAGUGCCCCUUCACCGGCAUGGUCUCGAUCCGCGGCCGUAUCCUGACCGGCACCGUUGUCUCGACCAAGAUGCACCGCACCAUCAUCAUCCGCCGCGAAUACCUCCACUACAUCCCCAAAUACAACCGUUACGAGAAGCGCCACAAGAACCUCGCCGCGCACGUUUCCCCGGCUUUCCGUGUGGAGGAAGGUGACCAGGUUACCGUUGGCCAGUGCAGGCCUCUGAGCAAGACUGUGCGGUUCAACGUUCUCCGUGUGCUUCCCCGGACCGGCAAGGCGGUCAAGAAGUUCAGCAAGUUCUAAAUCGGUCGGCGGAGUCUUUCCAUUGGGCAUUUCUGGCGUGGUUUUGCUUUGAGGGACUUGAGCUUAUCAGAAACGGGACGGCCAGGCAGGCAUGGGAAAAUGACUGCUCCGGGGGACAUGAUCAUGUGUCAUAGAGGCAGUUCGUUCUG